AUGGACGACGCAUCAGCCUCCUAUGCACUGGCCCGGAUGCACUGGUACUUGGGAGUCGCUGCGCGUGCGCGAGAGGAAGUUCCGGCCAACAUGGGCCUGUCAAGGGUCGCGACCAACUUCGCGUACAACUACCUCCAAAUGUACUUGAGGAAGAUGAACGAGGAGGAGAAGGAGGAGCAAGACAGGGAGCAGGUUGCUCGCGCUGAGGCAGAGGAGGCCAGGCGCCUGCAGAACUUCUGGAAUCGUCUUCGUCCCGCCGCCCGCGACCGCGCCUUCCGCCGCGCAUUCCUCCGCGCAAAGCUGCAAGACCGCCGCCGUUAA